CCAACUAAUCCCCGUCCGCAAUCGGUGUCGCGACAACAUGUUGGCGAAAAGUUUGACUGUCUGCUGCCUGUUGGCACUCAUUGUGUCCCCCACACUGGCCGAGUUGGGCUGGUGGCGUACGGCGCAAUUCUAUCAGAUCUAUCCGCGAUCCUUCAAGGAUAGCGAUGGCGAUGGCGUCGGUGAUCUCAAUGGUGUUACGCAACAAUUGGCAUACCUGAAGGAGAUUGGCGUCACAGCCACUUGGCUGUCACCCAUUUUCACCUCACCCAUGGCUGAUUUUGGCUAUGAUGUGGCCAACUUCUACGAGAUUGAUCCACUCUUCGGCACCAUGGAAGAUUUCGACAAUUUGCUGACACGCGCUAAGCAGCUGGAUAUCAAGAUUAUCUUGGACUUUGUGCCCAAUCAUUCGAGUGACGAGUGCGAGUGGUUUAUCCGCUCCGCAGCUGGUGAGGCUGAGUACAAGGACUUCUAUGUGUGGCACACUGGCAAGGUGGUUAAUGGCAUUCGUCAGCCACCAACCAACUGGAUCAGCGUGUUCCGUGGCUCGCAGUGGACAUGGCAUGAGGGACGUCAGGCCUACUAUUUGCAUCAGUUCCACGCCAAGCAACCGGAUUUGAACUAUCGCAAUCCCCAGGUCGUUGAGGCCAUGAAGGAUGUGCUCCGCUUCUGGCUGCGCAAGGGCGUCUACGGCUUCCGUAUCGAUGCUGUGCCCCAUGUGUUCGAAGUCGCUGCCGACAGCACUGGCAAUUGGCCCGAUGAGCCACGUAAUGAGUAUGUCACCGAUCCCGAAGAUUACUCCUACUUGGAUCACAUUUACACCACAAACCAACCGGAAACUAUCGAUUUGGUCUAUCAAUUCCGCGAAGUCAUCGAUGACAUCGAUGCUGAGCUGGGCGGCGAUGAUCGCGUACUGCUCUCAGAAGCUUAUGCUCCUCUGGACGUGCUCAUGCAAUACUAUGGCAAUAGCACACACAACGGCUCUCAAAUUCCAUUCAACUUUGAGCUCAUCUCCAACAUCAACAUCAAUUCCGAUGCCUAUCAUUACUCCGAGCUGAUUCACAACUGGCUGGACAAUAUGCCAUCCGACAAAGCCGCCAACUGGGUCCUAGGCAACCACGAUCAGAGUCGCAUUGGCUCUCGCCUUGGCGCGGAUCGCAUUGAUGCCAUCAACAUGUUGCUGCUGACACUUCCCGGCAUCAGUGUGACUUACCAGGGUGAGGAGAUCGGCAUGACAGAUGUCUUCAUCAGCUGGGAGGAUACCGUCGAUCCUCAGGCCUGUCAGUCCAAUGAGCAGGAGUUCGAGCGUCUCACACGUGAUCCUGUGCGCACUCCCUUCCAGUGGAGUGAUGAGUCGCAGGCUGGUUUCACCAAUGCCAGCACCACUUGGCUGCCAGUUGCCGAUGAUUUCAAGCUGGUAAAUGUGAAGCGCGAACGCGGCAUUGCCCUCAGCCAUCUGAAUAUCUACAAGCAAUUGCGUGCUCUGCGCGAUGAGGUCACCCUCAAGCAGGGCGACAUCCAAGUCAACGCCUUGGGUCCCAAUGUUCUCGCCUUAAAGCGUUCUUUGGCUGGACAAGCCUCGUACAUUACUGUGCUGAAUAUCAACGAUGAUGUGGAAGCCGUUAAUCUGGAUUCUGUCUUCACUCAGCUCAGCUCUCAGCUGCGCUACGUUGUGGUCAACGACAAGAGCGUGCGUCGCAAGAAUGAUUUGACUUUUGCCAACUCAGUAUUGUUGAUGCCCAAGGAAGCUAUUGUCCUGAGCACCGUUUAAUUUCCUUGUAAUAUUUUAAGUUAUUAAAUGCAUAUAUGCUAAACGAA